AUGUCUGUUAAUCCGUACGACAUUCUACGACCACCGGAUGACUUUGAAAUGGACGAAAUGGAUGAUAUUACCAGUUCGCCAACAGAGGCCAGAAAAGCUCGACUUCCAAAACGAAACUCACCGCCUCAUCCGUCAUUACGACCGCAAAUUAAUAACGAUAGUCAUCGAAGAACACAAUCAACGCGCAAUAUUGAAAAACAAUCAAAUGGAAAUAAUACUAGGCAAGUACAAAAAAUUAAUAGUAAAUAUAAGCAUGUCAUCCUUUCUUCUUCUAUGGCUGCUCGAGUAAAAGCCUCUCAAUUAGCUAAUCCUUAUUUUACCGUAAAAAUUAAAUCAAAUUCCGGUUUUCAAACUACCGACUAUAUUGAGCAGAUUUCUUCCGGCCAUCUUGAUUACAUACUUAACGACCGUACAAGCCUUACGUUUGUGCUAGGUACUAACGACAUCGCCUGGACCGAUGCCGAUCACGUCAUCAAACGAAUCGAAAAACUGAUUGAAGUAACAAAACAGUCGUAA